AUGGUCUCACCUUCUCCAAUCAUAACCUUCAAAAAAAUCAAAUUGCUUUUGUUUUUAGUGAUUUUUGUUAUUAUUCCUUUAGUUGAUAGCGCAUGUAGUUGCUGUGGAGAAAAGGGACAUAAUAUAAGAACAUGUGAUUUUAAAAACAAGGAUUGUCCACGAAAAAUAAAUGGAAAGAAAAAUAAACAUAGUAAUCUUGACAUUUCACAAAGUAAUUGUUUUUUUAAAAUCAAAGCUGACAAAUUUAAUACAAAAGGAACCAAAAUCAGUCCUUCUUGUCAUUGUGCCCGAGAGGGAGAUGAACAAUGUCAUGGGAUUGCAAAGAUGUUAGGUGGACCUGGAGACUGUGAAAAUUGUUUUUCAUGUUCUCGCAAAAUGAAUAUUGACAUGACAAAAAUGGAGCGUUUGGUUAAAAAAAGUAAUGGCGGUACUUAUAUUGUUUCUUGUGAUAAUUAUUUGUAUGCCAACACCAUCAUACAAAAAUUCAAUCCAAAAAAAGGUAGUCCUACGUCAACGACUAUAUUGCGUAAUACCAAUUAUCAUGACGAAAUUUAA